CACAGGCUAUGUAUGGACCUCCCCAAAAACCAGUGGCAAAUGUGUAUACACAGCCCCCAAAAAAAGAUCAGAAUAUUGGAAGGUACCAACCUCAGAAUCUAGGUGGGCCCGGGGCCCUUAGGAAAGCCUGUUGGGGUGUCAACAAGAGGGGUACAUCAGACGAUUCUGUCCACUGAACCUGUGGAACUCCACUGCAUUUAACCCGGCCACCAAUGGUCAGGGUUGGCAGGGAGGCAACCGGGCCCCAGGGGUGUGGCAGCAGCCGCCAGGCCCGCCCAGCCAAGGUCCCGUAAAUCCUUAUGCAGGACCAAACCAGCAAUACUGAGGAGGCCCAGAGAAUCCUAUGGUGGAGGGUCAGUUUGUAACACUAACAUCACAGGCUGACGAGGAACCAAUGCUGCAGGUUCGUAUAAAUGAUAGGGGCACACCAAUGAUGGUAGAUACUGGAGUUACUUACACUUGUGUAAGUCCAAAUUACGCCUCUCACCUCCCCAAGUCAGGUAAAUAUGCUAAGACAAAAGGAUUCUCGGGACAAACGCAGCUAAUACCCAUGACAGCUCCAGUCAAAGUAACCACGAGCGGACGCUCGAUAGAAAUUCCUAUUUUAAUAUCUGAACACACUCCUGUAAACUUAUUAGAUCGGGGCGCCCUGUGCCGGCUGGGGCUACAAAUUCAGUGUUCACCAGAUGGGAUAAUCAUAGAUAACUUGGGAAUCAAAACUCAAUUGUCAAUUCACCAGGCACCAUUGGCUAACGUGUACUGGAUUGGUAACAUAGAAAACGCUGUUAGGGAGGUCACUUGUAAGUGGGGUUUGUACAUUGAAGCACAAUUACCACAGGCUAGACAGCCAGCAUUAGCCUACCAUUGCCCUCUAAAAUAUGAUCCUCAUCAGGAGUGCAUUUUCGAGCAGUUGUGGUUAGAUACAGUAAACGGUAAGCCAGUUCACGCUGUGUCUCAGUACUUUGUCAUUGGUAAACAGGGUGUGGCUAUGGAAAUAACUGAUGCUGAAGGUUCAACUCUGAUAGCCGAUUGGUUUGAUGUAUCCGGAUCAGUCCCCCACAUCACACUGCUGGUAAACGAUGGGUUCAAAGCAAAAGACCUGGGCCCUAUGAUGAAACAUGCAACGCAGGUUGCAUGGGUCAAAACUGACAAUCCCCUAAUCUUCUGUUCUCCUGAAAAUUAUCUCAUUAAAAUCCUUUGUUUUGCAGACAUUAUUGGGGAACCUCAGGAGGUCGAAGUCACCACAGGUCAGCAAGUGCAGAUGGGGAAAGUGGCAGACAGGCAGGAACAGUUACGGGAGGAGAUGGAGCGGGUGGUCCUGGAGCACUUGUGGUCUCGACAUGACACAGAUGUAGGGCUCGUUAAAUCAGCUAGUCCUGUGUUCAUUAAAGUGAAGCCAGGGGCCAAACCGGUAUGGAAGAAACAGUACUACAUGAAACCAGAGGCGGUGGCAGCAGAUAAGCAGAAGUGGAGACUGGUUCUCCACGAUGCCAUUGGGUCACAUUUCAACACCAGAGGGACCGUUCAGACAUUUAGUCAUGGACUAUGUGGAUAUGAUAAGACCAAUCCAUGGAAAACGGUACAUGCUGGUGGUAAUUGAUAGGUUCAGCAGGUGGAUAGAAGCAACCCCCUCGAAAGAUCAGGGAGCAGGGACAGUAAUAAGGUUCCUGACAAGAGAGGUGAUGCCUAGAUUUGGCAUACCGUCAGAAAUCAGUUCUGACAAUGGGUCGGCUUUUAUUCAAAGGACACUGAAGCAGGUGAUUCAACACUUCAACAUCAAACAGAGGCUGGGUUGUGUUUACCAUCCCCAGUCCCAGGGCAUGGUAGAGAGAGCAAACGGCACGCUAAAGACCAAGAUCAAUAAGAUCUGUGCCAGCACAGGUUUGAAUUGGGUUGAUGCUCUACCAAUAGCACUAAUGAGUUGUCGCAUGGAAGCUAACAGAACCACGCAUCUAACACCGCACGAAAUGCUUACGGGUCGACCCAUGCCUGUGCCUGAGCUUCAAGGCCCUCACGAAGGGCCUCCUCUGGAGCAAUUGGAGCUGGAAUUCAGGGAAUAUAUCAGGCAACUAACUACUAUACCUGAGCUUAUUUACAAACAGGAAAGUGCGCGGGUACCGGAGCCAGAGGACGAUCAGCCCAGGGCGGUGGUUCCAGGAGACCAGGUUUACAUCAGGGUCUACAGGAGGAGGUGGAAAGAGCCCAGGAGAGACAGGCCACGGUGACGGCGGUACGAGUGGAGGGCAGCGACACGUGGUGCCACCUCAACCAUUGCACCAAGGUCCCACGAGGAGCGGAACAACAUGAGGAGGAUAAGAAUGCUGAUCUUCCAGGCACCCCCAACGCCAGAGAAACUGGUACCUUCGCCGGAGCCAUCCGAGUCCAGCAGAGAGGCGCCAAAGCCUGCUGCUGACAGCUCUGGGGCUAUGGUUGAUGCUGCCGAUCCUAGGAGAGAGGGGACGGGCGACGGCAGAACGGAUCCCUCAACUGGUGCCUCCGCAGGAAACAUCUAAGGGGGGCCGCACCCUCCUGACAUCAGUAGGAAACAGUGUCCCAUCACCGACCCCACCGACCUCGACUGACACUACAGAACUUAUUACUGACCCUAGAAACCCAGACACUGACCUUGACAGGAGGAAUGAGGCAUGUACAGCAGCAUUAUUAGCAAUGCAGGAAUAGAAAUCGCAGUCUUCAUUAGUACAGACAAGUCUGGCAAUAAGGACGAAACCACAUGGUUAGGAAGGGUAGAAGAAAAGGAACAGCAAUGGAAGAUUGUGGGUCACAGUGGGAAAGGGGAGUGUGGCCCGCAGGACAGAGAGGAGGUUCAAAGUGAGGUAUUUGGUUAGAUGCAGUCGAAGGAAAUGUAGAGUGAACGCGACACCUUCUGUUACUAGAGCCAGAGCAGAACGGUUGCUUGAGAGAGUCAAGCCCACCUUAUCAAAGAGAGAGAGAGGCUGGGGAGAAAGGAAUGGGGAAUUAUGGGGCCUAGCGUGGGAUAGAGAACUAGGUAGUGCAGACUCCGACACCUCGGCGAGGGAAAAGAGAAGAUUAAGCAUGUGGUGUACUCAAAGCUAGAGAGGCUAGAAUACCCGCUAAAACCAGCGAUGAAGCCCAGAGAUCGAUAAUGGUAAACACCCAGGGUGGGGAAACACUGUGUUCUUGGGCAGAUAGUGGCCUAUACGGUCAAGCAACUUGGUCUGCAGGUAAAUGUGUCAUCACUGUACAUGAGACAAGUGGCAGAUGGGAUAUAAUUGUGCAACAUAAUAACGAGCAUCAGUUGUCUCUCCAGCUAACCAUUACCAGAUUCCCGGACGGUACCGAGAACCAUCCAAUAGAAUGGUGGAACCCAGAUGAGGGUGGCUCAGGGGAGGAGUCAUCACCUACGGCGGCAGUAGGAAAGGAGCCUCUAGUCCCUGUAUCCAGGGCAGGACGGCACGCAGCCCCAGGGGCCACGGAAGGGUGGAGAUGGCUCCCUGUACCCACGACAGAACAGGCCUUGAUUGAGGUACCCACUCACACUCCCUCAAUAGAAGCAGAGGAUAAUCAUAUCAAGGCAGUUGAGAGAUACGGGUUGAAUAGAUGGGCUCAGUAUACAGCCAUGCAGCACGAGAUGGAUAAUUGUUUAGUAUGCUCUAGAGCAGGCCUGGGAAGUAUGGUCAUUGUGCCCAUUGAGAAGGGAUGGCAAUCGUGCCUAGACGAGGGUUAUGGAAUGCUGGGAUAGACGACGAACGGCUCUACAAGCCAUGUACUGCAACAUGUUUAGCGUGGUUGGGAAACAAAAAACUUCAAACUGAAAUGAGAAGCCUACGCCUUGAAACAACGUUAGAAUGUCAGGACUUAAAUAUUAGAAUAAGUAAGGAAAUGGCAGAACACACCCUCCCUGAGAGUGGUUUAAAGAUAUUAGGUAGACCUGCCUGUUACUAUACCACAGGAACUGUUUCAGUAGGACACUUUCUCAAAUGUAAAACUCUUAUCAAUUUGGACAAAGGGGAGUUAAACAUGAUGCAGUCAGGGGAAAAAUGUACCCUAUCCCAAAGGAAAGGAGUAAGAAGCAUUUACCUAGACCAAGACCAGGCUAUAGCUGACAUAUUCUGGAUAUGCGGGGGAGGAAAGCUGAGGCCUGUGUUGCCGAAAGGGUGGUCUGGCACUUGCGCCAGGGUUAGAGCAGCACAGGAUGUAUCAAUAAUCCCACAUGUUUUCUCGUCUCCAGGAGAAGCUCAGCAAAGUGAGGAUGCACCAGUUAGGCCUCAAGCUAGAAGGGCAUAUACACCAGAUCCAGUAAUUGUCAUUGACGCAAUAGGACAGCCACGUGGGAUCCCGAAUGAGUUUAAGGCCAGGAGUGAGAUCACCUCAGGGCUAGAAUCUAUAUUCUUAUGGAUAACACCCAAUAAGAAUAUGGAGUGGAUUAACUACAUCUAUUACAAUCAGCAACAGUUUAUCAGCUACACUGAUGCAGUAGUAAAAUGACAUGGCAGAAUAGACAGGCCUUAGAUUGGAUCCUAGCAGAAAAUGGGGGUGUCUGCGUUAUGUUUGGGGAACAGUGUUGUACUUUCAUUCCUAACAACACUGCACCAGGUGGUACCUUUACCCAGGCCAUGGCUAAGCUAAAACGACUGAGACAGGAAGUUAUGGAUAAUGCAGUUAGGGACGCUCAUGCUUGGGAUUGGUUCGAACUUUCGUUUGGUAAAUGGGGGGGCUAUUCUCACUAAGGUAGGGAUAGUUAUUGGGAUAGUAUUAGUGUUAUUUGCAUUAGGCUCAUGCUGUGCCGUUCCUCUCCUCAAAGUAUACUUGACCCGGACUGUGAACGCUCAAAUGCUGCUACGGGGAGCUCAGAACUCAGACAACAGCCCACUAGUCAACCCCCGUGCAGGACAUCCUGGACAGUAUGUUAACAGAAGUGGAGCCCCUUGUGACAUGGACGGUGAACCAUUGUACGAGCAGCCGACUGACCCUGUUGCCAGGUGGCAAUGUCCUUCUUCUCUUGCAGGCAUUGAUGGACGGCCCGACCCGAAUGCUCCCCUGGUGGAGGCCUUCGUGAACCAGUUGUAUGAAGAAACGGGAGAGGUUUAUGUCGGAAUGGAUACAGUGGGGAAGAGUAACCCUUCUAAUCCACAGCGGGAUGUUAAAGUUUAUGAUAAGAUACCGCGCAGACACUAUCCAUGCCCAUAUAGGAUGAGUCAUUGCCAGUAUUGCAGCAAAUGAUGCCCGGCUGAAGAUGGACACUAUCACUACCCUGAGCCCUACAACUGUGCCCUCUACCAAAGGGGGAACUGCCCCCUGUGUGCCAGGAAGGACUGUGCACCGUUGGACAUCAAUCUUGGAGUGGGACUGUUCUCUAAUAAAGGUGAUGUAGGGACCUCGGAUGACAAAAAAGCAUUGUGGGGGACACAUACGGACUUUUAGUAUUUUUAUAUUUCUUGUAUCUUUUUGUAUUUCUUCUGUAUCUUUUUAAAGUACUGACUGUGUUUCUAUUCUUUGUUUAUUACCUCAUACCGUUCUACCUCAUGUGAUACGGGAAUAUCUUAUGUAAUCAAUCUUAUUCUGUCUCAUGUAACCACUAUUCUCAUGUGAUCUCUAUUAUGCUGUCUCACGUCUAGAUUAGUCAUUGUAUUUACUUUGCUUUUAUCUAUAUACUCAUUUGAAACACCAUACUUUGCUAAGGCUCAAAAAAGAAACCUGCACACGCUUACACACACCCAUAUCCCACAGAUUGGAUAGGUUGGUGAGUCUUUUACUUCCACUCAGCCAG